UCAGGCAAAUAUUUUUCCAUUGAUAUUUUGUAAGUAAAAYACAAGAAGGUUUUGAAUACUUUUUAAUACACAGCAGUGGUUGAAGAUUUUGAUUGUUACUCAGGAAAGUUUACUUCAACAUUCCCAAAGCUCUGGGUCACUUUAAGGCUCCAGGCUCCAGCAGGGCUGUGCAUCCUGCCAGCGCAUCCAGCAUCCGUGUCUGCGCGUGCUAGCCAUUCCCAGGCCCUUUGUCUCCUCGCCUCGAUGAUACUGCUGCCAUGGUGAAAAACAGAGGGAAAGAACAACAGGAUAUUGUCCCGUUCUAGUCUGUGUGCCAACUGUGACAAAAUGUUGUUUUCUCCUUGRUUUGGGGAUUCUUGUUGCCUUUUACUUGUCCUGGGUGAGCCUGAAAACGUUAAUAUGUUUUUAAAAUUAUUCCAGUUAGUGUGGAAACCUUGAGUCUCUGGGAACAAGGUGAUGUYCCAUGCCCUGGCACAAACACUCCUGUCCUGGGGGAUGAUUCUCUGAGUCAUGCAGAGGAAAAGAAACGUUCUGAUGUAAAAGACAACAGGAAGACGUUGAGCACGCUGUGUGCCAGCAGGACACCUGCAGAGCUGCCGCAGGGGUGGAAGUGAGCCACAGGCUGCAUGGAGAGUGCUGAGAAAACUGCACGGCUGCACAAAUCUGACGCCAAAGCAGGGCUCUAUUUUUGGUCUCUGCUCUGCGUUUCUGACACCUGUAGGGACGCGUGAAGUGCACAAGAGACUUGUGCAGCACCUCCCGGAGCAGAGGAACCGCCGCAGGGCAUGGGAGUGCAGCGGAGCGUUCUUGCUUAGCCAACAGGACUAAUUAUAACCCAGGAAUAUGAACUGUAAAUGUGCUGAAGCUGCCAAGACGGGAGCUGGGUGUGUGCCAGCGCUUGAAUGAGGACACACCACCCCGUCAGGACUCCCUGGGAGCAGCAAGCAGCACCGAGGUACGCACGGAGCCCCACGGAGGGAGAUGGACAAAUGGGGGGUACCGCAGGAGGACGGUAUACUUAUCAGAUGCAUUCUGUGAUCUCUACCAGUGAACUUGCACAAGCAUUUUCUUUCUAAGCUCACUCUAGGAGCUGCAUCUUGGUCCUUGUACAGCUCAAACUCCCAGAGAAAUAAUUACACGUAACAAGACCUUAWUACCUGCUGAGAAAUAUAAUGACUGAGUUCCUGGUUUGUUUCAAUUGGUGCAAUGGUGAACAGCCCCCGCCGAAGAGGCGUCGGAGGCUGGACCGGAAUAUGAUAGGAGAGCCAAUGAAUUUUGUACACACYGCGCACGUUGGGGCCAGAGAGAUGAGCAGUGACUACUCCUCAGCUGUAUCAAUUCAGGACCACAUGAAGUCUAAAGGUGGCUACACAAAUGGCACUUCUGCAACUGUUGAGAUAUAGGAGACUGAGAGAAGGCUGGAAUCUGCUCUGUCUCAUGAGGAUCCCCUGGACUGUGCUUUCAUAUUCUCUAAAAAACCUUUUUAUCAUGGACUAGGGAGAGUACCUGAAUUAUAAAUAGGUCAGUACAAGCUUUGGUGUUCUUUGCACAAUAUCUUCUGAAGGAGUAAUUGUAAAUCAUCCUUAAAAUGGUCUGUCACGGAGUAUUGUGGUAGCAACUGUGAUUUGUCCCUGUGGAUGACUUCCUAGUGCUGACCCAAAAACCUCACAAAGCUGUCAUGUAAGAUGGAAUUGAAAGUCUGUAUGAAUUGUCUGGGAUUUUGGUGUCUGUCUUUUUCUCCUCUCAGGAAAUGCAGAAGUUGAUUUAAUUGGAAGGUAUUGCAUGUUUUCACCUCUUACAUGGGCUAAACUGAGUUGCUAAGUACGAUCUUGUAGCUGUCAGGUAACUUUGGACAUGUUUUUUGGAUGCUUUACAGCCUAAUGCAUAAAUUUUUGGUAUUUUUUUAUUGUCUUUUGAUGGUGAAUGAACUCUAACGUAGGAUAGUUAGCUGAGUCUGCAAAACACAAUGAAACUUCUGCCUUACCAAGAUAACACUUUUGUAUCUAAAAAUAGAGCUUUUGCAAACAUUCUGACYCUCAAAUGAGGCUUAGAACAAGAGAUGUGUCUCUCAGUGACUGGGCUGCCUCCCAUCCAUACACACACCAGUGUGACUGGCAGCUGUUACUGMAACACAGCUAAUUGUACCUUCCAGUUAACUUCCAGUGGUGCUACAAUAUGCUCACAACUAUGUGUUAGUUUUGCAUGACUACCACUGAAUUUUAAACUAAACAUAUUUAAGAUCUUUCUCUUUGUUACUUCUCUGUAACAGUAAUCACACAAGACUUCAAGGGAUGUCUUGCUUGUCUUUCUGGUUCCUUAAUUUCAAGAUUGCCUGUUUUAUAUGAAAUUAAUUUUUUUUUGCCUGUGGUUGAAGUGAUAUGGCCAUGUGAAGGACACACAUUUAAAGAAUAUUGUGAAAAGUUGUGGGAGAAUAUUAAAUGGAAACAGCAUUUUGCAGGGUUCCAGUGCUUCAUAAAUAUUUAAAUAAAUACCCAUCAAUAUUUAGAUGCACUCAAAGUACAGUAUAUUACUUAGUUCUUAUUCAUCUUUCUAUUAAGUGAUAUGACAAAACUGCUGAAGCAGAACUAGGUUUUUCUUUUACUCCAUCAUUCACGGUUGUUCAUCAGUUAAAAAUUCUGUAUGACUACCAGUGUAGAAACUUAGGAAAUCUGCUUGYUGUCAUGGGAUUAACUAAAUACAAGUGUUUAAAUUGMUGCCAUAUCAGCACAAGUUAUGCUGAAAGUCAGSAAAACUCUUCUGUUGCUCUAAGCAGAAGAUCAGUUAUGAACUUUUUUCCAUUAAAAAAAAAWUUCUAAGUGGCAAGUCUUUUAACUUGUAUGAGUCUGUUUGUAGCUUGUGAUACUUCUUUAAUCUAGGCUUCUGGCUGAUUUCUUAGACUACUUUUCUGAAUAUACUAGGCAAGGUAGCUCUGUGUUUCUGURUAUGAUCAAACAGCUUUUCCCCUCCCCCAUAUUUUAUCUUUUAGGGCCAAAAAAGAAGGGGGAGUAUUACUUGCUGUAACAGUCAACAGCUGAUCAUAACAUUCURUAACCACAUAAGAGAAAUCUAUUAUCCAUGUCUUGCUAGAUUCUUACUCUUGAAUUAGAAUGCACACCAAAUUUUAAUAUAUUUUAAAAUUAGUGUAGCUAACUGUACAUUUAGCUUUUGCAAGUCUUUCAUAUUUCUGUCUUCUAACUUCAGACAUACUCUAACAGCCUAGUUAAGAUAGAGUUUAAGGAAGCUAUAUCCUGUAUACUGUUAAGGAACCAUAAUGUGGCCAAGUUGUUUGAAAGAAUAGAUUCUAAUUCAUCUGCUAUUAUACUSAGCUAAUGCAUUCAGUCAUCUAUACCUGCCCAGAAAAAAAGGUGAUAGGGCAGUUGUCAUGAAGAAAAUAGGUUGUGUUUUGUUAACACUGUAAGAAAACACGCUGAACAAAAGUUAGGGUUUCUUGAAGACCCRUUCAGUAGAUUUAAGAUUAGUAGUGUAACUAGAAAUAGAGUUGGUGAUCAGUUCUUCUCUCUAAAAAUAAAUCAACUGAGAAUUUUUUUAUUAAACACUUACUUAGAGAAAAAUCCUAGUUUUGAUCAUGUAAACCAUCAGCACUAUCUGAUGUAAAACURACAUAUUUUCAUCAGACUUUAUAGUAUUAUAUAGGGCCAUAAUAAGGAGCAACAUCAUGAAAAAGAAAUGUUUUGCUAUUUCAUUAAAACUGUCAUUACUUUUAAAAAUCUAACAUAAACACMUGUCUUAGGUCUUAGGAAUUUUUUGUUCUGUAUUUAGAAACCUUGUGUACCUGUAAUCUGUCAUGUAAUUCGGUAUGAGCCUAUCUUAGUUAWAAUAAAUAUGGUAAACUGGUGACUUGCACUCCUAAUACUCUGGAAAAUCUUGAUAUUUUCUCUGCACUGAAAAUUGGUUGGUUAAGUGGAUGUAUCAGCAUGGCUUGAACUUUUAUUGCACAAAAUCAAAUUUCUCCACUAGAGAGCACAGUUUUACAUCAGGUCUUCUCUGUUUUAUGCAAACUUUUACUCCAUUGUGGGGUUUGGUGGUUUGGUAGUUUUUUGAGCUUGACUGGGAUAAAAUACAGAAAUAAUAYCAAUUGAUCAAACUUUUUAAUCUGCAUUGCAAGCUGUGAAGACCUCAUAUCAAGACAAUCAAGAAACAUUACUGCUCUGACUUGAUGCCAUUUUACGGUUUCUUUUUUUAGUCAUAAGUAAAAUAACUUGCAAGCAGAGCACAAUCAACUGUUUUAUAGGCAGUAUGGCAGAGUCUCAGCGCUGUUUACUUCCUUGAAAAAAAAAUCUGGGAGGGGGAGGUAUUUUCAACUCUGGCUGUUUUACCCCUUGAUGUUCCUGUUAGGUUUUACUGUCCCAUAAUGCUGCAAAAACCUGUGGUCAGUGUAUAGAAAAGGUAUUUGUCUUCUUCCCAAACUAAUACACCUUUUUACCUUCUGCAGAGCAGCUUAAUGCCAAUUAUGUGGUGUCAGUGCUAUGCUCCAAGUUAACCUGUAAUACGAUAGCAUGCAACCAACACGUGUGGUACUAUUCUUUCGUAUGCUCUUAUUGGACUACCAGAUGCUGUUGUAGUUUCCGCUCUGUAUAGAUAAAAAAUGUUAAGGGAUUAAUAAAUACUCUUAAUCUUACUAUGUCAGCAAAAAUAAGCACAAUUCAACAGUGUUAAAUUCCAUGCUCAUGAAAUUCGUUAUGUUACUAAAUAUGGUACCACUGAAAAAAACACUCCAAUCUGUCAGUGAAAGACAAUUACAUGGCUGCUCCUGACCAUGCUUGGAUUUACUUUGCUGUCAGCACUGUGACACUGCCAUGAAAACCCAACAUUGAAGAUARGAAUGGUCUUGUCUGCCUUUCAUAAUCGCUGCGGAACUACAGGAAGAAAACAGUGCUGUUUUACAGGGGUGUGAAGAGAUCACCUGGUGAGUAGGUUCCUGUAACGCUUUCAGAGACUUAGUGGUUAAUGACUGAAAUUCAAAAUUUUAGCUGCUUACUUAUAAAGGUGAAGUGCUGAGUGCCUAAGGAGAUUGUGUAAGUGGUGCCUGGGCUUCUUCAGAUGAACUGUCCUUUCUUCAUACACAGUAAUUUGUCUGACACAGAAGMCUCAAGGUACUUACAUUAGUAGUUUUCCUACUAAUAUUUGUGUGACUACAGUGUAUAUGUAAAAGGUUUCUUGUCCUGUACAGAAUGGGUCCUGUCUAAGAACUGGCCCGUUGGACAGUUGUUUCCUCAACAGAUCUUUAAACUCUGGWGUUACUUAAACUUGUCAUCACACAGAGCUCCAAGCCAGUUUUGUACUUUUCUAUGAGAAAGCAUUAAGCCCCCUUGUUAUUGCUCAACUCUUCCUACUGGAGGGAAAGUGUUGAAGAGGCUACAGGCUGAUCAGGAACUAGAAAAUAAAAUGAGCCAUGGAAGUGAGGGAGAUUUAGCCACAGAAAGGCAAUAUGGUGUACACUUACGAGGAAGGAGCAGGGAGCAGAACAUGCUCAUGUUGACAUUUCUUAUCUGCAGUGCACAAGACAGCUUUGAUAUCAAUUGGAAAAUACCCAUAAUAUCUGCAUAAUUGGUAUAGGGAGGAAAUUAGGCACUUAAAUGCAUGACUAAACUGGGACUUUGAGACACAGAUUGCCAAUAUAAUUUUAAUGAAUGGCAGUAACCUCUUCCUGCAGUGGUUUACAAAGCUGUUUUCAGAGAGUACAGAGCCAUCCAGAAAUGUACCUCURGUUUCAGCAGUUGUAGACUGAUGUCACAAAUAUAUUUGGGAGACAAGAGGGCUUUUGGUUUUUUUAUUUUUUUUCUGCUAUAUGUGAGGUUGCAGAUGUUCUAAAUGCUGAGGCUUGCUGCACCCAAUGGAAUACAAACCAAAUGAAACCUAGUGUUAAUACAAAAUAGCAGUAGUAAAAGUGUAUCUGCCUUUGGUCCCUUGCACUUCAGGGAAACUAAUGAUCCAUCUGAUAUUCACAUUCCAGUUGUUGAGAGGAUAUGGACAGGUUGGAGUGUAAGGUCAUGAAGAUUUCCUUGUACCUGAGGAAAUUUGGGUGAUAGUUUGUUGGACUCUCUGCAGACUGAGAUGCCAGUCAUUAUGUCUGCAAUAGAUUUCCGUCAAUAUUUUUUCUCCUGCUGUUAUGUAGAAGAUGGAAAGAUGAAACAAAAUAGUGAAAGCACUUUGAGUUGACAGGAAUGUUACUAGUAUAUGUUCUUGUGCCAAAAACCUCCCGACUUGAGGAGGUAAUUGAUACUGAACUACAGCUGCUGUCUUCACCUGGGAGCUUAGAGAUGAGCAAGCUCAUAACAAAAACCUGUGUGGAGUGUACAGGGCACCUACAGCAUGGUCUGCUUUGGCCACUGCACUGCCAAACCCAGCUUAUCAAGCGUUGCACUAUGGCUACUGAACACCUUGUGGAUGUCACUUGUUCCAUACAUCCCAUUUUUGUGCAUCCCRUUAGCAUGACCAAUAUCCUAAAAUAUACCCAAAACCUUAGUUCAAAUGGAAGUUCCCUUAACAUAGUUUUAAUCUAAAAGAGUAGUGACAGCUGGACAAGAACAACAUCUUGUUGAGACUUGUUGAGGUGCUUGUUGAGACCUCUAUAAUAAAUCACUCAUUAAAUGAAGGCCACAAAAYUGUAUUGAAACUACUUUAUUCAGUGAAUCCUUUAUUUUUUUGUUGUCAUUUAUGUGAAUGGGAAGAAAAUUCUAACARAUUUUAAGUUUUCUCUGAUAUUUGCAUAUGAAUCCAAACUGAACAAAACCAAGGUUAUUAUUACAAAGGGUCCACCCUAAUUCAAGGGCAAAAAGAGAAAAAUUGAAUUAUGUCUUUUACUGUUUUAAUAUAUAGUUUUUAAUAUAUAUGCAUAUAUUUAGACCUUGAUCUUAAGUAAUAUGCAAGGAAAUAAGCCAUUCUUUUAAACUGAAAUUAGUAUGAUUGCUCUGGCUUACUCAAUUUUUUUAAAAAUAUACUUAAAAUCUGUGUUUAAAUUACCAGGAGAGAAUAUUGACAUUGACUUUGGCCUUAACAAGUGGAUGACUAAAUAAUUUCCUAUUUCUUCAUCAAAGAACUAGAAAAAGUAUUUGGUUACAGGRCUAUUUUUAUUUUAUAUAUAAUAGUGUAUUUACAUGCAUCUGGUCUUGCUGGUUGCUUAAGAAAUACAUUUUACAUAACUUGCUUGACCUGAGUCUAAAGGUGAAUGAAAGCUGUCCUAAUAACCAGUAAUUAGUGAGCUGUGUGUAAUUAAGGAUUCAUAGAUCUGACAAAACAAUGGCACUUAUUCUAGUCAGAAAACUAUUUUAUAAAAAUUGAUCUAAUAAAUGCAAGUUUGAAAGUCCGGACUCAACGUGAGCUGAAGUUGCAGAUUAAUGGUGAAAGAAGUACCCUUUUAAAUGCAGCCACCCACCAGGGAAUAUUAAAACCUGACUCAAUACCUUUGAGGGUGUGAUACAAGCUUAAAAAUGUAAUUCAURAGCAAGGUUUACAGUGACUCAUUAAUUCAUGCUAAUGUGGCCUUGCUGCAUAAUGGUGUAUGAGAAAGGCUUUCACUAGUUUCUUUCAACUAGUUUAAWCAUUAAAAACUUGAAAAUGCAUUUAAAUUAGUUAUUCUGUCUGCUGCAUAAUAUUCAGUGAACUACAGUAUCUCUUCCUUGCAGAAAUUCAUAUGUACUGGUGUUCAGAGAAGGCUGUUGGUAGAUGGGGAAAAGUUGCUAGACAUGUGCUUGUAUUAAUAAAUACUUCUUAAACACUGUCCUUUCUAUGUUUUGGAUCACUCUCUUGUCAGGAGAUGCAGAUCCCAUCAGAUUAUUGUGCAUGUCCCUAUCGCUGCUGUGUGUGCCUGUCUCACAGAGACAGCAGGUUUCAGCAACAGYGUUUCUUGUACCCAUUUAAUCAAGAGGUUUCACAGCAUUAUUUUGCUGUUCUGUUCCACACUCCAGACAAAAAGCUGUGAAAAUAUGAAGUACUGAAAAGAAUUUAAAAGAUGGAGUAAAAUAUUUUUUGGUUAAGCUAUUUCCUUUUCCUCAUCACCUGCUUUAUUCUGUCCUAUUACUCUACUGCCUACCAAAUUUCUUAGAAAUACAUGCAGCAUUUUGGGUGCAUGUUUUUUCUUAGUUCUUAGAAAUUAAUAUAACAUGUUAAAAAUUCCUUCAUCCUUUUGAAGCYUGUGUAUUGAUUAAUGAACCUCAAAUCCCCUCUGUCCUUAUUCUUGUGUGACACAACUGACAUAACUCUUUGCUAAGCAAAKUCACUUUUGCAAUCUUACCUGUCUCAAAAUUAUGCACUGUUUCUCUAAAAUACCUGUUGCUGAUAGCUGCCCAUUCACGUCUGCGUACCUAGAAAGGAACUACCUUCUGUUUGUGGCAUUUUAUGCAAAAUUCACAGAAUUAGACAAUAAUUCAAAUUUAAGCUAUUGGAAGCACAAAUUCAAUUGCAUAAAGAGAUACAGGGAAAGGAAUAGAAAAAGGUAGGUUAGUUGGGAUAAGUUUACUGAAAAGCCAAGAGGCUGAUUAUUAUGAAAAAAACAAAAAUUAGCACUCAAUGCAAUGUUAGUGUUAGAAUUGCAAAUAGAGAGAACAGCCCUGGAAUAGAAGAUAUUGUGGAUUUCUUUCCUUGUGAGUGAAAUCAUUAGUUUAGAAGUUAGUGGAAAACAAGAGAAGGAAGRAAAGGAUAAUUACAUCAUUCUCAUGAAAAGGAUUUCAAUAUAUGCAUAGUAUUUUUCAAGCAGUUAUUUUCUGUGCUAAUUGUUAUUUAGAUUCAGUUUUCACUUUCUAACUAAAGUCGUCAAUGCCUACAUUAAGCAUCUCCAUUCCAUAAUGCUUUAGGAAUGCCUGAGUUGAGUUACAGAUUUUAUUCCUCGCUGWUGUUUUGGUUGAGAAAGGCGUUUGUCUGAGACUGGUGUUGCUCUUCAGGUACAAUUCUCAGUACAGAUCUUUAGUACCUUACACUGGUUAUGAGUAGAGGCUACAUUGUUCAKUGCAAAUAAGGAAUUUUAGGUUUUAAACUGGAAAAAAAGAGAGAAGGAUUCUUUAGGCUUUGAAGUAAUUCUUCAAGCUCUGAAUGUCUUUAUAGCCUAGAUUUUUUCUGCCUGGCAUUGGAAACCACAUGUAUGA